GUGCGUUCAGUCGUACGAAGAUUUCCGAUACUGCCUUCAGUUAUUGAUUGAUCCAAUGAUACCAGUCAGGUGACAACACUGGGAGAUAAUGAUGCAGCGCCCUCUGCUGCUGAGCGUUACACAGAGACAAACUUUGCUUAGAUUUUUUUUUAACAAGAGAAACAGCUAAAAAAAGUGUUAGGGAGAGAAAAAUGUUGUCAGUGGAUCGAUAACCUCAGAAACCUGAAGUUAUCAGAAGAAGGGACUGCUGAGUCGAAGAGGAGCCAAAACCAGUCUGGAUAAUGAGGAAGAGCAGGAUGAAAUCCCUGGAGAGAGAGAGAGAGAGAGAGAGAGAGAGCACUGUGCAUGCAGCAUCCCUCUGUCUCUAUCUCUUUAAGAGAGAAGGAGUGUGGCUGUGUGUGUGUGUGGGGGAGGGGUAUUGGCUGGGGUGGAACAGUCCUGUAAUGAGCUGAUUUUAGAGAGGGAGAGAGAGAGAGAGUGGGAGAAGGAGAGCGAUAGAAAGAGGGAGGCAGAAAACAGGAGAGGGCUGAUGACUGGGUGAAAUCAGGAUACAACAACAAUUAAGACUGAGGCCGUCGCAGGGAAAAAGGAAGAGGAGUAUUUCAUUUUCCAUCUCGGUUUGUCUGCAGGUCGCAGUGAGGAGAGAGAGAGAGACUUCCACUGACCGACGUCUACCAAGCAUCCUGGGUGCAGCAGCGGUGGCGGAGAUAUUGGUGUCGGCGCCCCCUCUUUACUGUUUCCCUCUGUGAGCUGAUGUUGCAGCAGGGAUGUGGAGAUACUGUAAUGUCUGACUGAGCUAAUCUGGGAUGCUGCUGUCGCUGCCACUCUGAGGGCCUCUGGGACUACAGGAACCAACCUAGGCCUCGCUCCCUCGGAGCGCCCCGCUGCACAGUGGAGACAGCGGGCUGCCGAGCACCGUGGCUGUGAGGGAGGAAGGUGGGGGAAGGAUGGGGAGCCCACCGAGCCAGAAUGCCCGCGAGGAGCCGUGUGUACGGCUGCUGCGUUAUCGGCUCCAGAGCCACCGCUGAGGCUAUGAUUGCUUCUCCAUCACAAGGUGAUGCUCUUUGUUUCCACAGUGAGGAGCCAGUGUUUUACAUCCUGAGCUAGCAGCAGAGGGGGAGUGGAGGCCCUGCUCCUCCAUGCUGCCUGAUUCAGACCAGGCCUCCUCCCUCCUUCCUCCCUCGGACUCAAACCAGGCUCUUGUUUUUUUCUCUUUCUGAACAUUCUAAGGAUUUGCCUAAACCUGUUUCAUGCAUGUCCACUGGAGGCAGGUUUGACUUUGAUGAUGGGGGGUCGUACUGCGGGGGGUGGGAACAGGGUAAGGCCCACGGCCGGGGUGUUUGCACAGGGCCCCAGGGUCAGGGCGAGUAUGCCGGGGCAUGGAGCCACGGCUUCGAAGUCCUGGGCGUGUACACGUGGCCCAGCGGGAACAGCUAUCAGGGUACCUGGGCGCAAGGUAAGCGCCAUGGCAUCGGCGUGGAGAGCAAGGGCCGCUGGGAGUACAGAGGAGAGUGGACGCAGGGUUUUAAAGGCCGUUACGGGCAGCUGGAGAGCACAGCCAGUGGAGCCCGGUACGAGGGGACGUGGAGCAACGGGCUGCAGGAUGGCUACGGCACCGAAACCUACUCCGAUGGAGGAACCUACCAGGGUCAGUGGCUGGGCGGGAUGCGUCAUGGCUAUGGCGUACGGCAGAGUGUGCCGUACGGCAUGGCGGCGGUCAUUCUCUUUCCUCUGAGAACCUCAAUAAACUCCCUACGUUCUGAGCACAGCCACGGCCCUCCGGCUGCUCUGGAGGAUACAAAUGCCACCACCCCAACAGACGGGGUGGUGGCCGGGCUGGCCGGCAGUCCCGUGGGUCGAGGCGGCUUUGCUCUGACAGCUCCAAGUGAAGCCGAACGCCAGAGGAAGAGGAAAGGCCGUUUCCGCCAGUCCAUCCUCAGUGGUCUAAAGCUGCGGCGCUCAGAGUCUAAAAGCUCUCUGGCCAGUCAGCUCAGCAAGCAGAGCUCCUUCUGCAGCGAGGCCGGCAUGAGCACCGUCAGCUCGGCCGCUUCCGACAUCCACUCCAACGCCAGUGAGACUGAGCAGGGCGCCCCCGUGGACGCAACUGUCACUGAAAUGUAUGCGGGGGAAUGGAGGAGCGACCACAGGGCUGGCUGGGGCAUCAGUCGGCGCUCGGACGGCCUUCAUUACACAGGCGAGUGGGCGGGGAACAAGAGACACGGUUACGGCUGCACCACCUUCCCUGACGGCACCAAGGAAGAAGGAAAGUAUAAGCAGAACGUGCUAGUGAGCGGGAAACGCAAGAACCUGAUUCCACUGAGGGCCAGUAAGAUCAGGGAGAAGGUGGACCGCGCUGUGGAGGCCGCGGAGAAGGCUGCGGACAUCGCCAAGCAGAAGGCACAGAUCGCCAUGUCAAGGAUGAGCCACGCCCGGGGGAAGGCCGAGGCAGCUGAGGGAGUGGCACAGAAGGCCAUGGAGGAGUGUCGACUCGCUCGCAUCGCUGCCAAAGAGCUCUCCCCCUCGUUUCACAUCUACGGCAAUGGACUGGAGUGUCAGAGGCCUCAGCAGAAGGGGACCAAGGACAAAGACCACGAGGUUAUUUCCACGGGAACAGACAGUCCGGAGCUAUGCACGCCUGACACUACGCCACCUGUAAUAACACCAGAUCUUAGCCCUGUGCUGAGCGUGCCCACGUCGCCUCCCCACAGUCCGCCAAAACACGCCCACCGCCCCAGAAAUGCCUGCUUCAUGCGUCAGAGUGCAGUGGAUGACCAAGGUGGGGCUGAGAUCCAGGUGCUGGUGGAGGGGCGCGGCGUGGACCUGCAGAAAGGAGCGGCUAACAGCUGGAAAGAUGAAAUGUAUCCGGAGCAGGCGGGCAGCAGCCGUUCCACCACGCCGUCCCUCCUGGAGGAGCAGGAGGGGCAAGUCAACGGGCACGAGCACGUGCCCCUCCCCAACCACAAACCACCAGACAAAUCCUACUCCAAUCACAAGUCCAAGGAGCACGUUUCCUCCUACCGGGUGAGGGAGCACUCCUCGUCCAACCAAAAGCCCUCUAAGCAUGCCUCUUCCAAUCACAAGUCAAGGGAGUACUCCUCUUCCAAUCACAAAACAUGGGAUCAUUCCUCCAACAAUCACAAGCCCUGCGAUCACACUUCUUCCAACUACAAGCCGCAGGUGCACAUUUUAUCCAAUCACAAGGCCUUGGAACAUAAUAUGUCCAAUCACAAGACGUCUGAGCAUGGUUCCACCAAUCACAACUCCCAAGAUUAUAUCUACUCCAAUCACAAUGCAAAGGACCACGUCUCUUCCACAUACAGCCCACGAAAGCAUGUCUACUCCAACCACCAUCCAAAGCAGCACAACCCGCCCAACCACAAGCUAACCAAGCAUGCUGUAAUCGACCAAAGGCUCGAUGGCGUCACCGUGGGCUGGACUGGUGACAGCACCCUCAGGUGGAGCCCCGCCCACUCACGCCUCACAGAGCAGGACGAGGAGAGGACGAACGACUACACGGUGGACAUGAGGCUUCAGUGUCCGGACUCUCAGUUGUCACAGGGCCUGGACCAGGGGUCGCCGGCCCCCAAAAACAACAGGCUACGAUCACGGGGACUACGGCCGGUCAGAGAAGGAUCCGUGGACUCUGUACAGAUGCUGGACAACCUGAACGUGGGAGCAGAGAUGGAGAAGUGGCCACUGCACAGAGACCUCACCCUCUCCCCACCCCUGAAAUCUCAACCAAUCACUCUGGAGCAGGAAGGAGAGAAUCUCACCCUCAAAUCAAACUCAGGCUCCAACUCAAUUCUGGUGGUUAUGGUUAUUUUACUCAAUAUCGGCGUAGCCAUUCUUUUCAUUCACUUUUUUAUUUAAAGCUUAUUCAUUCAUGAAAUCCUAACAACUUCCACCUUAUUAUUAUGAUUAUUAUUAUGAUUAUUAUUAUUUUUGAACCGGACGGUCAUUCUGCCUGUUGGACCGGAGCCCCCAGCCUGAGUGAAGACACAACGGAACCCCCCCCCCGUCUCCCUCUGCUGUUACCACUUGUCCAAUCAAAGCCCACUUCACUCUUAGCACCGUUCCAUCUCACGUGCUUGUUUUUGACGUGCGACCGCAGACGACGGGAAGGUGACGGAUGAGGAGUAGGCAGCUUAAAACAAGCACAGUGUACCAGGACCACGUGCAUGUGUUCAGGGGGCCGGAGAUGGCCCCUCACAUCACCACCGCUCCAGGUUUCUCCUGGUUUGUGUGAGAUACAUGCUGCCGCGGAGCAUGACACACAAACGGCCGACCUUUCAUUUCACCCGUGCAGUCUCCUUGUUUGCCCUUUAACCUUUGGUCCCGCUCAGAGCCGCUCAGUCUCAGACCCCCGGUCAUACUAUGCUACUUACAGAACUAUGCUGCAGAGUAGAUCCAUUUUAAAGGGCUCCGUCAUUACUUUUCUCUCUUUGUUUUCGAUAUGAACAUGAACACACGCAACCAUUGCAUGGGGCUGCGUGGGGCUUUAAAAAAAUGCAUCCUCUAUCCCUUUAACAUCACUGCUCCGUCUCCAUCUUGACCGUCCCCGCACCCACUGACGGACACUCCACAUCCACCUGGUCCCAGAAUCUGACCAGAUUCCAGUUUGAUUAGCCAAUCAAACGUCAGCGACCAACACAGACCAUCACCUGGAGGGACGGUUCCCACAGAGUCAUGGUGACGUUUUCUGUCGGCACAUUAACACUCACACACACUAACAUGCAAAAACCUCUCCAUCCGACACACGUGUAACCGCUGACACACUGAGGAUUCAGCCUUGGCCCUUUGUACAGCCUGGAGACUGUUAUGUUAUAGCCAAUAAUUCUAUAUAUCUGUGUAUGUCAUUAUUAUUCCAGUUUGUUACUUUUGCAUUUUGCGAGACAGAGAGGAUGCCGCGUGCCUCGUAUCUAGUCAUUUUUACGUCUCUGGUUGAUUUAGAACACGGCACUAUUAUUGACGACAAAGGAAAUAUCCUGCCCUGUGACCUACCAUUCCAACCUGCUAAACCUUCCUCUUAAAUCUGAAUUGGCAUGCACUGUUUCUUCUCUCUCUCUCUCUUCUCUUUCUUUCUUUCUCUCUCUCUCUCUCUUUCUCUCUUUAGCUCAGUUCACAUUUUUGGACCCAUUAUAAAUCGAAUGCUCGGGUUUCUACGCUGUCAUUUCUGGACACGCUCCGGGGCCAGAUGAGAUUUUCUUUUCUCAGCAUGUUUGUUUCGCCUGCUCAACUCCAAAAGUGUCAGUUUGUCCGUUUCUUCCUUUCGUCUCUUUUAUCCGGCAACACAAGGCUACACGAGACACGGAGAGCAGUGUAAAAUAAACGCUCGCUUCUAACUCUCAGUGGACGCUGAGAAUGUUCCCAGUUUAUGAAUGAUAUAAAAGAAAACUCUCUGCUACUGUAUGUUUUGUACUUCGCACCCAGUGGCAUCAUCAUGUUGUGACAUCAUUGCAUGCCCGAGCAUGCUCUUUCUUACUCUUUGGUUUAUGAGGUUGUUUCAAAGUUAAUGUGGAGAAAAUAAGGAAAUGUUUGAAAUGAUUGGAGUUUGGUGUGGUUAUUAAAAGAAACACAGUUUGUUUUUACUUGAACACAACCUACAGCAGCUACUUCCACUGCAUGAAGUGAACUGCCAUGCAGGUUUCUAUAACGCUGGGGCGUGGACCCCGUGUGGGUCAGUGCAGUACACUGAUCUGGUCACAUGAUAGUGAUAAUGAUUUUCUUUUUUUUUUUUACUUCAAGACCAUUUCUACUGAAUUUGUGGAUUGUUGGGUUUUUUUUUUACUCAAACUUACUGCCUAAAUUUUGUUCCAGUCAGAACAUAAAUACAAUAUUCAGUAUAUCGUCAGAAUGAGCAAGAGUUAAAUUAAACUUGAUUUAUGAAGUAUAACCUGAGACAGUGUUUCCCAGUCCUAGUACUGUAUAAAACAAAAUCAAAAAGUCAAAACCCAUCAGUGGCGCCCCCUGAUGACUGCAUUCUUUUUACAAAUUAAACACAAUAUGGAAAUUAUGUCAAAACAGAGAACAUACUUUAUAUUGAUGAAUACCAAAAGUUAAUAAUCAUUUUCUAUAAUGAUACAGUUGUUCCUUCCCCUGCCUAGAGGCUGCUCCUCAAGGUUUAAGGAAAGGAUCAAACUCCAGCUGUUUGGUAGACGAGCUUAUCUACAUCUACAUACCAACACCCACCCUCUGUGCAUAUCAGUGUGUACAAAUACUGCAA